AUGAAUUUUGGGGUGAAUUCUGGGGUCGAUUUUGGGGUGGGUUUUGGCCGGGUGCUCCCUGACAAGGACACACUGCUGGAGGUGGCCCUGGAGGUGGCCGUGGCCAUCGCCGCCCGCAGCCCCGUGGCCGUGCAGGGAACCAAAGUCAACCUGGUGUACUCGAGGGACCGGCCCGUCAGCGAGGGGCUGCUGCACGUGGCCACCUGGAACAUGGCCAUGCUGCAGACCGAGGACAUCCCCAAGUCGGUGCAGGCGGCGCUGGACAAGAAGGGACCCGAGGACGUCCCGUUCGCCAAGCUGUGAUGUCACCUCAGUGCCACCAGGGCCACCCAUGGAGCCUUCCCUGAGCCCUGAUGUCACCUCAGUGCCACCAGGGCCACCCAUG